AUGUUUGCCAAAGCAACACGGAAUUUUCUUAAGGAAGUUGAUGCUGGAGGUAACCUGAUCGCAGUAUCAAACUUGAAUGACUCAGAUAAAUUACAACUUCUAAGUCUGGUGACCAAAAAAAAGAGAUACUGGUGCUGGCAGAGACCCAAGUACCAGUUUUUAUCUGUCACUCUUGGAGAUGUACUCACAGAAGACCAGUUUCUGAGUCCAGUGGUCGUGGAGUCGGACUUUGUGAAGUACGAGGGCAAGUUUGAAAACCACGUGAGUGGGACCCUGGAGACAGCCCUGGGGAAGGUCAAGCUGAAUGUUGGAGGCAAAGGCCUUGUGGAGAGCCAGUCCUCCUUUGGAACCUUGAGGAAGCAGGAGGUGGACUUGCAGCAGCUCAUCAGAGAUGCCCUGGAGAGAACAAUCAACCUGAAGAACCCGGUACUGCAGCAGGUGCUGGAGAGGAAGAACGAGGUCCUGUGCGUCCUGACGCAGAAGAUCGUGACGACGCAGAAGUGUGUGAUAUCUGAGCACGUCCAGAUCGAGGAGAAGUGCGGCGGCAUGGUGGGGAUCCAGACCAAGACUGUGCAGGUGUCAGCGAUGGAGGAUGGGAACUUCAUCAGGGACAGCAAUGUGGUGCUGGAGAUCCCAGCUCCCACCACCAUUGCCUACGGCGUCAUCGAGCUGUACGUGAGGGCAGACGGCCAGUUCGAAUUCUGCCUCCUACAAGGGAAGCAUGGUGGCUUUGAGCAGCAAAGGAGAAGCAACUCUGUCUUGCUGUACCCCCUGCCCUUCCCAGAGUUUGCGUUCUGGGACAUGCCAGAUGCCGGGCAAGGGCUGUCUGCCCAGGAUAAGCCACUGAGUGUUUUAAAACAAGCCACUCUGCUCUUAGAGAGGAAUUUCCAUCCCUUCAUGGAGUUGCCCGAGCAGCAACAGACAGCCCUGAAUGAUGUCCUCCAGGCAGUCCUGUUGGAUGAGGAAUUACUGGUGGUCCUGGAACAAGUGUGUGAUGACAUAGUCAGCAGCCUGUCACCCUCACUGGUGACACUGGGGGAGCUGAAGCCGUCACAGCAGCACAACCUCACGACCUUCCUGCGGCUGGCGGGGUGCAGUGUGCAGGGCGAGCGUCCGGGCUCAGAGGAUGUGGUUAACAACCAGAAACUCUUCUCUACAGCCUACUUCUUGGUCAGUGCGCUAGCAGAAAUGCCAGAUAAUGCAGCAGCUUUGCUGGGCACUUGCUGUAAGCUCCAGAUAAUCCUUCCACUGUACCACCUGCUCCGUGCUCUGUCUCAUGAUGGUGUGUCUGAUCUUGAAGAUCCAGCUUUGGCUCCUCUGAAAGAUACAGAAAAGUUUGGGAUCGUGCAGCGUCUGUUUGCUGCAACUGAUAUUAACCUGGAGAGAAUGCAAUCAUCUGUGAAAGCUGCCAGCAGGGAGGACCCUAACGUCUUAUCACUGAUACUUUACAUCAGUCUGAAUGGACUCUGUGCUUUGGGCAGAGCACAGUAA